AUGGAAUUUAUUAACAUUGAUGAAGAUAUAGCAGAUAAGGAAGGAACAACUAUUAAGGAGAUAGCUAAUAUAGUAAGAGGUAUUGAUGCAGAAGAGAAAAGUAAAGAAGUUAGUGUUGAGAAGAU